AUGAUUAUUAAAGUUCUUAGUGUACUUUCAAAUAAUGAAUGGGAAGAAUAUUUUCCUGAAUUAUCUGAAUAUACAUUGACAUUGGCUAAAUUACUUGUCUAUGAAAUACAUCUAUAUGCUCGAUGUAUAUUUCAAUGUGUGAAUAAUUUACGUCAAGGAACAUGUGAUCUAUCAUUAGUAGAUAUGGCACAUAUUUAUGAAACAUUAAUAUGUUUAUUAAUCGAAUCAGCAUCAUUAUCACCUAGUCUUAUGAAUGAUUUUCGUCUUGCACAUUGUUAUGUUCAUAUGAAAGAUAUUAUUUUGAGACUGGAAAAUGAAUGGAUUAAUGAUGAAUCUGAAAAAUUAUUUGCACGUUUUAUUACAUUACUCGGUGAUUUUACUUAUGUAGGUUAUCAUGAACUUAAAUUACCUGCUAGACCUGAAACAAUUUUUGAUAUUCCAAAUUUUGUUAUGCCACAAUCGAAAAACACCGGUUUUAUUGUUCGUAAUCUUUCUGCAUUUACAAUUCUUCAAUCUAUUUUUCAACAGUCAACUCAUCCAUUUCUUGUUAAUAUUGUAUUUGAUACAAUCAGUAGUAUUAUAUUAACCGACAAUGCAAAUUAUUUUCUUUGUGGUGAAAAUCUUUCACCACUUACUGAAAUUUUUUAUAAUAAAUCAAAUGAUGUUCAAAUAAAAAUUAAUGAUCUUUUGGAAUUUAUUGUAUUUCAACUUAAAUAUAUUCCAUAUAGAGAACUUGUUAAUUUAUCUAUUAUGCUUAAAUCAAAUAAGCAUGUUGAAGUUUAUAUAUCUAAAAUCCUACGUUCUAUACAAAGUCAUAAAAAUUGUGUCAAAUAUUUAAUCCAUAUACUUAAAUUUAAUAAUAUAUUAAAAGAUGCUCUUCGUGAAUUGGGUUUUAUUGAAGUACUGAUCACACGUUUACAUCAUUUUACAACAUUACUUAAAAAAUCAGUACACGAUACAAAUGAUAAAGGUGAUAAUAUGAAUCAAGAAGAAAAAGAAUUAGGUUUUAUGGUUAUGGAAGCAUUAGCUUUACUUUUAUCACAUAAUCAAAAAAAUGCUAGUAAAUAUAUUAAUGUUUUGGUUUAA